GUGUUCGCUAGAGAUGCUGACGCCGGAAUGAAUGGUGACCUUGACUACAGCAUCAAUAGUGGCAAAAACAAGAAAGGUCGUUUCAAGAUCCAUCCAAAAACAGGCCAGGUGUACAGCAAUAAGGCGUUCCCGCCUAGCAAGACUUUUGAACUAAUGAUCCAGGCAAAGGAUAAUGGACAACCACAGCUAAGCGCCACCACUCGUGUGCUAGUACGUGUGGUUGAUGUGCCUGAUACUUCCUCGAACCCACCUGUUCUGCCACCACAGUCCCCGGCACACGUCAUGGAGACGGAUCAACCAGGACAUUUGGUGGCAUUCAUAAAUGCUCAGGACCCGGACAACGAUACCUUGUGGUACUACAUUACAGAUGGGGACGACAGCGGCAGGUUUUGUAUGGGUGUGGAUUCUGGGUUGGUGAGCCUGGCCCGUCCCGUUGAUCACGAAGAUCAGUACCAUUACUCGCUCACUGUCAUGGCCACAGAUGGAGUGCAUUCCAACUCUACCAAACUAGUGGUAGAAGUAAUGAAUGCCAAUGACCACCGACCAGUGUUCAGCGCCAAGAAGUAUGAGGGCACAAUAAGUGAGGAUAUAGAACCAGGAGCCACUGUUCUCACAUUGCAGUGUCGUGACAAGGAUCAGGCACCGUUGUCAUUUUCUUCUGUGUAUUUCACGCUCCAUCAUGCUCAUGCUUUAGCCUCACAGGGGCUCUUCACUGUGGACUCGUUCACUGGUGACGUGCUUGUAGCAGAACCUCUGGACAGGGAAGUAACUGGUGUCCAUGAGCUGACUGUGAGCUGCAGAGACAGAGGACGCCGAGAGAAUGCAGACUUUGCCCGUGUUUCGGUAACAGUGAAGGAUGCAAAUGAUCAUGCCCCAGUCUUCCUAGAGCCCAUGAUCAUCGCCAAGGUUAGUGUGGGAGGUGCAGCCGGGACACCAGUAGUGCGAGUACUGGCGCUGGAUCAUGACAAGGGUGAAAACGGGAUGAUCUCAUACUCAAUCUUUGAAGGAAAUGCUGGAGGAAUCUUCAGCAUUGACAGUGCACUUGGAGUCAUCAGCCUCACAAGGACAUUACUCGAGGCUGAACCCUCUGAAUAUCUGCUUCUGGUUCGGGCCAUGGACCAUGCCAUUCAGGCUAAGGCUGCCUCAGUUCCGGUCAGAAUAAUAGUGACCUCUUCACAAAACUCACCACCCUCCUGGGAAGAAAAUAAUCCAAGAGUGGUGGAAGUUGGAGAGUGGGUGGCUGUGGGUACAGGUUUAGCCCGCAUCACUGCAUCUUCACCUUCUUCAAUUCACUACUCUCUCACAAGUGGAAAUGACAACAGCCCCUUCAUUAUAAGUCCUGCAUCAGGAGUAGUCAGUGUGGCAUCUCCACUCGAUUAUGAAAGUACUUCUUGGUACAAUCUUACCAUCACUGCUACAAAUCUGGCUGGUUUGUCUCAUAGUACCUGGCUGGGCGUGACAGUUUUAGAUGAAAAUGACUGGUGGCCUGAAUGGGAGAGACUUGCCUACCACGGUAGUGUUCUGCAGACUGCCAGCCGUGGGUCACCCGUGAUGGCAACCCACUCUCAGAACCUAACUCAGCUCACUGUUACAGCCCAGGACCUCGAUCAAGGUUACAAUGGAAGAGUUACUUACAGCCUUGUUGAGAGAAACAUUGGAAAAUAUUUUUCAAUCAACCGACACACAGGAGCAAUAUGGGUGUCAGGCAACCUUGAAGAAAUGGCAGGUACAACUAUUGAGUUCAGUGUGUGGGCUACUGAUGGUGGAAGCCCUAAGAGGGAGUGUGUUGCUCCUGCCCCUGUCUUUGUUGCGGUGAAAACAGUAAAACCUGCUCCUAUUGCCUUUGCUGAGCAGUUAUAUUCAGCUAUCCUUUAUCAACCAACCUUUCCUGGAGUGAGGGUAUUUUGCCUAGAUCCACUUGAUGAGCAGCAACAGCUUGUGGAAGUGAAUAAUAAACACCGACUCACAUAUUCUAUUGCUGCUGGUGAUGACAGGGAAAAUUUUGAAUUUGACAGCACCAGUAGAUGUGUUAAAGUUCGUGACAAAAUAAACCUUAAAUCUCAUUAUAACCUUACACUCCAAGCUACUGAUGGAUAUGCAUCAAUGACUGCAACAGCUGAAAUCAUGAUUCAAGAUGCACCUUUGUCUACUCUUGUUUUUACUCAAGAUCAAUACUGGGCCACAGUCAUUGAGAACUCCACUAAGGAAAUGAAUGUGGCUGCCCUUGGGUUAAAAGGCCAGCCACUCAACCAUCAUGUCCAUUUUACCAUUCUCAACCCUAAUGAAAAAUUUGACAUUCACUCAACUGCUGGUGUCAUCAAGACUACAGGCAGAUCUUUCGACCGUGAGGCUGAAGACCAUUACACGUUAGUGGUUGAGGCAAGAGAUGUCGAGGGAGCAGCAAAUGUGGCCCAUGUGCUUGUCCAUGUGGCAGUGAUGGACGUGAAUGACAAUGAGCCGGUAUUCAUUAACCGGCCCUACCAUGCCCUUGUCUCUACCAUGUCCCCACGUGGUGAUGUAGUCACCAAGGUGCAAGCAAUAGAUGCUGACUCUGAAGAGUUUGGGAGCAUUCGCUAUGAAUUGGUACGAGGUAGUGGUGAACUUUUCUCUGUGAACAAAAAGACUGGUGAAAUUUCCCUGAAACAGUCACUAAUGGCUGCUGACAAGACAUAUAGCCUCACUGUUGCUGCCUAUGAUGGAGGAAAUCCACCCUUAAGCUCACAGGCACAUGUCUUGAUAAGAGUGGUGUCUUCUGAAGGGCCCAUGUUCACUGCUGCCCGAUAUGAAACAUCCGUGCCAGAGAAUGCUGCUGAAGGCACACCUGUAGUGAGGGUGGAAGCCACCAGUACUUCAGGGGAGCCUGUAAUGUACACCAUUGUUGCUGGGAAUACUGAAGAAAAAUUUGCUAUCGACUAUUCCUCAGGUGGCAAUGCAGUAGAACCUGAGUGUGUAAUUCAGACUACAGCCAUGUUGGACUAUGAAGCCGCCCACAGCCACAACCUUACAGUCAGGGCCCGAGAUCCCUUCACUGGUAGCCACACAGAUGCUUAUGUCACCAUCAUGGUUACUGACAUCAAUGAUAACCCUCCAGAAUUCACUCACUAUAUAUUCAAAGGAGAUGUGUCAGAAGCUGCUGCUCCAGGUCAUGUCAUCCUUCAGGUUUCAGCGAGAGAUGUGGAUACUGGUAUGGGUGGAUCUGUCCGAUAUUCCUGUGCAGAUGAAUGUGAUGGAUUUGACAUACGCAGCACAGAUGGUGUUGUGGUGCUUACCAAACAACUGGAUGCUGAAGUUGAUUCUCAUCAUGAGCUUGUUGCUGUAGCUACUGAUUCAGGAAUUCCCCAGCUUUCUGCUACUGCCAGGGUUGUUAUUCAUGUUGUGGACUUCAACGACAACCCUCCCAUGUGGCGGCAGGACAGCUACUCUUGUCGUGUGUCAGCUGAAGCUCAACCUGGCCAUGUGGUUACUUCCAUGUCUGCUUCUGAUCCUGAUGCUGGUCAGAUCAUGCCUCUCCGUUAUGCCAUCCACUCAGGGGACCAAAGUGGAAUAUUCAAAAUGGAUUCUUUAACCGGUGUGCUGACAGUGACAGCACCACACAAGUUAGAGAAUGUAACUUCUCUGAAUCUGAACAUGUCAGUAACUGAUGGGGUACAUAUGGUCUUCAAGGUCCUUCAUGUCGCUAUUGUUCCUUCUAAUCAUCAUGCUCCUAGGUUUAACCGCACACUUUAUGAAGCUUAUGUGGAAGAGAAUUCUUCUCCUGGCCAACUUGUGACCAAUCUCCUUGCGUAUGACCCAGACACUGGUGGUUUUGGAACUCUGCAUUAUAGCAUUCUACACCAGACUUCUGAGGGUGCUUUCGCUAUAGAUAAAGAAGGCAACUUGUUCACGGAAAGACAACUAGACCGUGAGUCAUUAGCAUUGCACACCCUUAAAUUAUCCGUAAUAGAUGAGGGUGGACGGGCCAGCUUUACCACUGUCCGUUUGAUCAUCCAUGACAAGAAUGACAAUCCACCAAUAUUUACGUUGCCAGAGUAUCAAUCCAACAUCAACACUGACGUGGCUCCAGGCACAACUAUUCUGAAGGUUGAGGCAGAUGAUGCAGAUGAGGGGUUGAAUAGUGAGGUGGAAUACCGUAUGUAUGAAGCAAACAGCUCAGAGGCACUCAAGCUUUUUGCAGUUGAUUCUCUAACAGGAGAAGUCACCAUCACUCAGAGCCUCCAAGGCCGAGAAACUGAGGUGUAUCAGUUUUUCAUCCGUGGGGAGGACAAAGGGUCCCCACCCCACCACUCAGAUGUUCCCAUCACCAUCUUCCUUCUACCAGCCUAUGAAAGCCCUCCACACUGUGCCAAGAAGUAUGCACAGUUCUUUAUGAGAGAGGAUGAUCCUGUUGGGAAUGUGAUAGCAACUUUGUGGAUGGAGGGUCCACAGGAAGUACAGUAUUCAAUAGUAGCUGAUGAGGACACAGAGCAGAGAGUGGCAGGCAAGGAGAAGGGAUCAGGAGAGAGCUCUGGACCCUUUGCUGUAACUUCUACUGGGCUGGUGGUGACACGAAAAUCUCUGGAUCAUGAGCGGCGACGUAUACACCGCAUCACAGUCACCAACCACACACUUAUGACGCCCCCCACAGUGGACUAUAUGACAAUUUCUGUAAUGGUAAUGGAUGUGAAUGACUGCUCUCCACGCUUUUCUGAAAUGAGCUAUACAACCUUGGUGGCAGAGAACAGUGAACUGGGUGAUGUUAUUACUAUUCUUACUGCCACAGAUGAGGAUGAAGGAAACAAUGGCCAGAUCCAGUAUAGCCUCAGCCAUGAUGAAGAUGCUGUAAUCAAAUCAACAUUCCAUAUUGACCCACACACUGGGACACUGACCCUGGCAGCCUCACUGGACCGUGAGACUGUUGCUCAGUAUUCCUUCACAGUCAUAGCUACUGAUGGAGGUCAGAAACCUCUUUUUACAAGUGCAAGUGUUACUGUGAAGGUCAUGGAUUAUAAUGACAACCCACCAGUGUUCACAAAAGACACUUACAUCACUGCAGUACCAGAGGACACUGCAACUGGCACAGCUGUGGUGGAACUUAGUGUAACAGAUGCUGAUGAAACUAUGGCUGAGCUUGAUUACUUCAUUACUGGUGGAGACCCAGAAGGUCACUUUCUGGUCCACACUUCAGGACAGGUUUAUGUAGCUUCUAUGCUGGAUCGGGAGAAGCAAGCUGAAUACACAUUAACAGUCACUGUUACUGAUGGAAAAUUUACUGCCAACACAACAGUUACUAUAACUGUCAUUGAUGUCAAUGAUAAUGGUCCAGUGUGCAAGGAACCAGUGUAUCGACGUGAUGUGUCAGAGGGCAUCACUCCAGGCACCCAUAUCGCUUCAAUUGUAUCUUGGGAUGCUGAUGAAGGAACUGCUGCUCGUAGCCGUUACACCUUGACUGGGGAUGGUGCUGAACACUUCAGCAUUGACCAACUUAGUGGACAUGUGGCCACAGCCACCCAGCUUGAUCGUGAAACACAAGACAGCUAUUUUCUUACUGUUAUAAUUGAAGACUGGGAACAUGCAGACUGGCAAUGUGAGGUCCUGUUAGAGGUGAUUGUAACAGACACCAAUGAUAAUUCACCAUCCUUCAGUCUGGUCUCUCACUCUGCAACCUUGCCAGAGGAUGCACCUGUUAACACUGUUGUCCUGAAGAUGCAUGCAACUGAUCCUGACCUUGGUAUCAACCGAAAAGUGUACUACAACUUUGUGGACUCUGCCGAUGGUCAUUUUACUAUUGAUGAAAUGGAGGGAGUUGUAAGUCUGGCCCGCCCCCUUGACCGUGAGAUCAGGGACUCUUACAUUCUAACAGUACGUGCCAUAGAUCAAGGAGUGCCACCACUGUCCUCAACCACCCAGCUCACUGUUACAGUCUCAGAUGUAAAUGAUAAUGCACCGGAGUUUGUGAGGAAAUUACAUGAAAUUGCUGUAGAGGAGAACACACCUUUAGGUACAGAAAUCUUGCGGGUAAUGGCCACUUCUAGAGACAUCGGCAUCAAUGCAGAGAUCUCUUAUUCUCUCCAACACACUACUCAGGAGAAGUACCUCCACAUCCAUCCCAAGACCGGUGUGAUCAGUAUUGGGGGUGAGGUGGAUUUUGAACGAGUACAACAGGUGGUGGCAACAAUAGUAGCCACAGAUGGAGGUACACCACCCUUGUCUGCCACAGCUCUGGUCAACCUUACCAUUACUGAUAUCAAUGACAAUGCACCAGUAUUUACACUACCCAGAUACACUGCCACUGUCAGGGAGGAUGCACUGCAAGGUGCCAGUGUUAUUCAGGUUUCAGCAAAUGACAUGGACUCUGGUGUGAAUAGCUUGGUACGCUACAGCAUCAAGGCUGGAAAUGAUGCCUAUUGUUUUGCCAUUGAGGAUGACACUGGCAUCAUUACUGUCAUCAAAAACCUUGACAGAGAAAAGGUGGCUAAUUAUCAACUGACAGUCAGUGCCUGGGAUUUGGGCACUCCAACUAACACUGCAGUUGCUCAGGUAGUGAUACAUGUGAGUGAUGUCAAUGACAACUCACCCAUUUUCACCCAGGACAAUUACACAGUAGUGGUUCAGGAAAACCGACCUGUAGGUUAUUCACUGAUGCGGUUGAUGGCUACUGAUGCUGAUGCAGAUCCCAAUGGUGCCCCUUUUACAUGGGAAGUGAUUAACCAACCUAUUGAAGACCGUGCCUUCACUCUUGACCAAGAUGGCUCAUUAAGGCUGGCCACUAACAGACUUAACCACCAGGUGCAGGACAAGUACAUUGUGCAAGUGCGAGUCUGGGACAGUGGAUCUCCACCACUUCAUGCUAACACUCAUGUGACUGUUAAUGUUGUAGAAGAGUCUCGCUAUCCACCAACACUCUUUCCUCUUACAUCUGUAGUCAUCAGUUUUCGAACUGCCUUCCCAGGAGGUAUUAUAGGGCGGAUUACUGCAUUGGAUCAGGACCCUUAUGACACCUUGCAGUACUCAAUAGCACCCUAUCCUACUGAGGUCAGCUCUAUCAAGUAUUUUGACAUCGAUGGCCAGGACGGUACACUUGUUGCAUUGACACCACUGGAUGCUGGCAACUACAGUGUCAAUGUUAGUGUGUCAGAUGGCAGGUACCAUCGAACUGUACAAGCCUCCAUUCAAGUGUUAGUUAUUACUGAGGAAAUGGUAGAAAACUCUGUUAUUGUCAGACUGGGUCCUUUAUCAUCUGAUGAAUUUCUUUCAAGGUAUCAAAAAUUCUUCCUUAAUGCAGUUGCAACAGAACUCUCAAUUGAUGAGCAGUCUGUGAUGCUUGUUAGCCUACAGCCAACGCUGUUGCAUUCUCACUCAUUAGAAAAAAUAGAUUAUAUUCCACAACGUGCUAAAAGAGAUAUACAGAGAAGCUUGGAUGUUCUGAUUGUUGUGCAGCUAUCUGAAGCAUUUUUGACUAGAGAACAUUUAUUAAUGGAGUUAAAAACUAAACAAGAUGAUAUUAAACACAGACUUGGCUUACCACUUGUGGAAGUUAUGGAAUCGAUGUGUGUAUCUGAUUCAAAAUGUGGCAGCCAUGGAGAUUGUGUUGAUAUUGUCAAAGUCAGUGAAGAUGUAGCAAUGCCCUUCAACACACAGCUUUCUAGUUUUGUUGCUCCAAGGUUUUCACAGGAGGUUGGAUGUGUGUGUGAUCAAGGAUAUGGAGGUAAUGAAUGUUCAACCUUAGUGAAUGCCUGUGGACACCGACCUUGUGCUGAAUAUGAAGAAUGUUCACCCACAAACACCAGCAGUCGUGGUUACACAUGUCAGUGUCCUUCUGGUAGAGCAGGACCUUCAUGCCAAGUAGACUUGACAAAAUGUCGUAGCCCAACAUGCCAUUACCCACUGAGACCCCUUUCCUUUAAGGGAAAAAGCUAUGCUCAGUAUAGUAUAGCACGGCAAACAGAAAGCAGCUCAUUAGUACUCAGUGCAUUUAUGCGAACCAGGAACCCAGUUGGAACACUUGUUUUUGCUGCAGGGGAUGUGGAUUAUAGUGUACUGGAAGUUACUGGUGGACAUGUGCAAUAUCGCUGGGACUGUGGGAGUGGAGAAGGUUUAGUGAGAGUAUCAACAGUGACGGUUAAUAAUGAUAAGUGGCAUUUUAUCAAUCUUACCCGAGAGGGAACCAUAUCAACCCUGAGUGUAGAUGGUGAAGUCAGUUUGGGAGCAGCACCAGGUGCUAAUGAUAUUCUCAACACGGAUUCAGGUUUCAUGUAUCUUGGUGCUACUGUCAACAAAGAACAUGGUACAGGCUUGUCUUCCUACUCUCACACUAGCCUGGGAUUUGUGGGUUGUCUUGAUCAGGUUGUUAUUAAUGGUAUUGAGCUUCCUGUAGCAAUAACAGGAAUGUCUUCUGGGGAUGCAGUGCUAACACGCCUAGCUAAUGUUGAGCUACAGUGCCCUAAUGUACUACCAGUAGCAGGCGUGUGUGGUUCAUAUCCAUGCCAGAAUGGUGGCACAUGCAUUGAAAAUGAAAAUUCUUAUAAAUGCACUUGUCCUCCACGUUUUACUGGAGCACAAUGUCAAGUGGAUACAGCACCGUGUUCCUCAUCGCCUUGUCUCAAUGGGGGUAAAUGUAUUGUAGUUGGCCAUUCAUACAAAUGUCAGUGUCCUACAAAGUUAAGUGGAAAACGUUGCGAGUAUGGUGUGUUUUGUAAUCCAAACCCGUGUCAAAAUGGUGGCCGAUGUGAAGAAGGUGUUGACGGACCAAUAUGUAAGUGUCAACAUUUCACUGGUGCAAUGUGCCAGCUUGAUAUUGAUGAAUGUACCCGCAAUCCUUGCCAAAGUGGUGGAACCUGCCUCAACUUUUUUGGUGGAUUCAAGUGUAUAUGUUCUUCAAAUGUUACUGGUGAAUAUUGCACAGAAAAAGUCAAGAGACCUCAAGAAACAUCUUCAUCUUUGAACAUUACUUUGGAAGAACUAGUGUGCAUCCUAGCUGUCUUUCUUGGAUGUGUGAUGGCUGUGCUUCUUCUUGGAGCAUGGCAGAGACGGAGAUGGAGGCAUAAACGGCAUCAGCAAAAUAAUCGCAUAAAACUCACAGAUCACCAUGUUAAGAAUGAUUUGAAAGCUAAUGAUGCUCCCAAGAGAAAUUCAAAAAUUUGCAAUGUGGAAGCUGAUCAGCAGGGACCUCCUCUUCCACCACGGCCAGCAUCUUACACUCCUAGUGGCACUGACUCUGCCAUACUCAAUACCCUCAAACACUUGGCUGAUCUGUCUGCUGCAGGCCAUGAAAGCCUAGAGUUGGAGACUCUCUCCCGGUGUUCUCAUGAGCUCUUACACAGCUUGAACAAACCUGUUGUUAUGCCGCCCAACCUUUCUCCUCCACCUCCCUCCAACAGUGAUUCUGACUCUCUUCAUAAACCUUGGGAUCAUCACAACAACCUUAAUGACUCAAAUUUCAUGCCUAUCAAAGAUGUUGGUUGUGAUUUGGUGACCAAUUUAGGUGAUGCACACGCCUCGCCUGGCCGACAGUCUCCAUUUUCGGAUGAUUCAUCAGAGAGAGGGAGGGGGUCAUCGCCCCCUGCUGUGCCUCCCCUCCCCAGUCCCCAUCUCCUGGGCCGACGGACUCGGACAGGUUUGAGUCAUCUCGAGGUCAUCCCUGUUGAUUGUGACCCCACCAGACCAGUAUCAUGUACUCCUCAGAUCCCGACAUCCACCUUUAAUGGGUCGAACACAAGGGCACCUGGGGAUAGUGGAGGCUUUAGGAACUUUAAAAAAGGAUUUCCGCCGACUCAGCCAAAGAAAAAAGGUUACCACUGGGAUGAUUAUGAUAUGCGAGGUUCCCGCACCUUGGUUGGCUGUGGGGAUGGGGCCACAGCUGCACCACCUGACCUGUUGAUGUUAGCUGAAGGCACCAGCUUGGUUCCCACUGAUGAUGUAAUAGAGGGCGAGCCACUUCUACCACGAUCUAGUCAUAGCUCAUACAUGCCAGUCCAGAGAGAUGCUGCUGCCACACCUUUACUAUAUGUGGAUGCCAGAGAUCCCCAAGAAGCACCAGAAGGUAAUGAUGAUGAUGAUGAUGGCAAUGAUAAUGAUCCAUGUAGCUUUGAAGAAAUACUCUUGGCCAAUAAUAUAUCUAUUGGAUCUUCUCAAGACGUGGUAGCUGAUCAUAUGGCAAAAUACAACAUUGUCUCUGCCUUGGAGGACGAUUGCACUGAAUCGCCUUUGAAGAUAUCUAAUGUGCCUUCUGCUGCUGAUGGUGUCAACAAACUUGGCAGUCCCAGGAGUCGUCGCCCUUUCCAUCGCCGAGAUUACAGUCGUGUGUCAGAUUUAUCAUUUUUAUCUGCUCUUGAAGAGGAAGGUGUAGAUGACUCAAUGUCUGAACUUCAAGACUCGGACUAUGAAUCAGUGGACAGAACCAGCAACCAACAAACUGCCACACUUGUUCAGACUUCUCCGUCAGAAGUUUUUUUGUAAUUUCAUAAUAUUACAGAUGCCUCAUGCAAGGAUAAAUUAACCCUUUUAUAAAGUCACCUCCCACUCAUUUGCAUAGGCAAUUUCUUGCAAGAAAACUAUAUAUAUAUAUAUAUAUAUAUAUAUAUAUAUAUAUAUAUAUAUAUAUAUAUAUAUAUAUAUAUAUAUAUAUAUAUAUAUAUAUAUAUAUAUAUAUAUAAAUUGUAUAUUUUACAUACAAGACACUCUGCAGCAGCCUGUCAGUUAGCCUUCUUCCCAUCAGUUUAAAACAUACAACCUAAUUCCUAUUAGGUCAUAUUACAUCUCUACAGUGAUUCCAACAAGGGAAUAUGAUCACUCAUGAAUACAUGAUACUGAAAAUUAACAGUUUUCUGCAGAAGAUGUUUCAAUUGAAGAUAAUUAUUUUGGUGCCUUGUGGUCUAGUGUCGGGUUGUAGAGUAUAUACGUGGUAAUUUUGUAUUUUACUGUGAGAGAAAUUAAGAUUAUAAAGUUUCAUAUCUACUUUGAUAUACUACGCUUGUAUUAUUGUAUUAUAUAAGACUGUGUGUGUGUGUGUGUGUGUGUGUGUGUGUGUGUGUGUGUGUGUGUGUGUGUGUGCGUGCGUGCGUGCAUGCGCACAUGCUUAUGUUGUAUGCCUGUAUGUAUAUGAAUUCCUGGGUCAAAGAUGAAAGAUAAUAAUAGAUGAAAAAAAUGGUUUAAUUCAAUAUAUGGCACAACUUCGAUCAUGAUUUACAGCUUAACUCAAAUUAUAAAGAUUGGUGCAUUGCUGUGUGUUGAGUUUAUUUUAAGAUGUUUUGUGAUUAUACAUUAUAGCCCACCACCCAUUACAAAUUGUGUACUGUCUAUAGCUCCAGUUUUAUUACUAAUUAAUUGAUUAGUCAAUUAAUGAUGCUCUAAGUGCAUUACAGUUCUUCAUAGUUUGUUUUGCCUAUUUAGUGUAGACUGGUUUUGCAAUACUCCAUCAUGUAGCCAUCAAAUCAGGUCUUAUCUCUAUGGAAAUCACUUGUGUGAUUGCCACCCCUGUAGGUUAUAGAUAUUUUGGUGCUGGAGUUAAUAAAGUUUUAUGUAGGAUCUACCAAACUUGAUGCUCUUUACUGGUUUACCAAACAGCAACACUCCCAGUUCUUCCUGGAAGGUUUUUAGCUAAGCAUGCAUGUUUUUCUUCAUGCUGAGUACCAUAUAUACAUACACAUUACUUGGACUCUUUGAAAUCAAAAAUUUGAUUUUAUCAUUAGCCAAUGCCUCUAUUAACUAAGAAAAAUGGCUGAUGUGAUAAGUCAGCAAGGAAAGAACUCAUCUCAUGGAAUAUGGAAGUAAAGUUGUGUUAUUAGUUUGUGCAGAUGUUUAUUGCAUGAAUAUGAAUGAUCAUUUUGCUUUAUUAACAUAAUUUGGCAGCUUACUAUUAUCUACUUCCUUAUUUGGUAGCCAUAGAGUGGUUGUAUUUAUUUCAAGUAUGUACAUACAUGUGUUUUGACAGGGUUCAUACUGACCUUCACUCAACUACUGAAGGGAAUGAAGUAGUUAGCCAACAUAGUCCUAUACUAUCUUGAUUUACUCAAUGCACAACACAAAUUCCUAACAAAAAGAAACUGAACAAAUCAAAUAACCAACUUGGUUGAUAACAUAACAUUGCAUAUUAUUGUGUUGAUAUUAUGCUAUCUUUCUGUACAUGUAUUAGAAGAUUCUUUCACUAAAUUAUUUCAAACUUACAGAAACUCACUCAUUUUUGUCUCAGGAAUAAUAUAUAUAUAUAUAUAUAUAUAUAUAUAUAUAUAUAUAUAUAUAUAUAUAUAUAUAUAUAUAUAUAUAUAUAUAUAUAUAUAUAUCAUGUUUAUGAAAGCAUUUUCUAAUUUCACUGUUAAGAGUAUAAAUAUAAAGUAAUGAGCGAUUCCUCCCUGUAAGCAAGAAGGUUUGUGUGGAUGCACAAAAGGACAAAAAUUGUCCUAUGAUUCUAGGUUUUAUUCAGUUGGAGUCCAAGGUAGACAAUGUUUGAUAGCAGACUUUUGAGAAAUACUUAAGUUGUUGUUGUGUGGUAUAUGAACAAGUAAGAUGGACACUUCAGAAUAUAUACUAGAGUAUUUUAUGCAUUAUACCUACUCAGUAAUUAUGGAUGUACAUGUACAUGAAAUGUUUUUUAUCAAGAAUAUUGUUAUAUUUUCUCUGAUGUGUACAUUGGCCCCAAAUAAUAGCACCUUAAAUGAAUUAAUUACAGUAAAGAGCGCUGCAGCGAUAUACGUAAAAGACAUGGUCAUUGUGCGACUGUGAGGAAGACAAGCACUUGUGCUAAUGGAAGAGACAGUUCUCCCAACACUGCUUUGUUUCCUGUGAACUAGUCAUUAUUCGUACAGAGUAUAACAAGUGCCUACACAAGAAACUAUUACAUAUUAAUGUAAGACAACUCAUGUUUACAUGUGCCACUUUCUGUGACACGCCAAAAUCCUUGAAAAGUCAACAUAACUUAUGGACUUAAGUGGUGAAAAAAGAUGACAGAGGGCAUUUAUCAACCCUUGCACUGGAGCUGGCUUCUAUUUGGUUCAGUUCCAUGGUAUUAUUGUUGAAAUUUUCUGUCAUCUUACAGGUUAAUAUAGAAUAAAUAUCUUGAACUGCAUGAAUAAAAUUUCUCUCUCUCUCUCUCUCUCUCUCUCUCUCUCUCUCUCUCUCUCUCUCUCUCUCUCUCUCUCUCUCUCUCUCUCUCUCUCUCUCUCUCUCUCUCUCUCUCAAGUCCAUAUUUGAUUGGCUUAUUGCAAGGAAACUAGAGUGAAUGAAAGUGUAUUUUUUUAAAUAAUAAUGUGUAAAUAAAGUUCUUGGAAAGCA